CCCUUUGAGGCCAGAGACAUGACAGGCGCGCACUACUUACACAAACGUUACCCAGUGGAGCAACAGCAGCAGCACCAGCCGAGCACCGAAAAGCCGACGAUCACUGCGCUUUAACUACUACAACAACGAAACAUGUCCUACACAAACUUUUUAGCGUCGCUUAUCCGGGCAAAGUCGGUCAACCUCAACAAAAUUCGCUUUUCACCUUCAAGAUGUCGGUCAACUGUGGCAUCCCCAGACAGACAGGAAGAGAAAGAGCAGGAGCGGCAGUCGGAGGGCUGCGCGGUGGUGGAAGCUGACCCGGUCGAACUCAUCACCCAGACCAAAAACGCCAAAGACGUGCGUCUGAACAGGAUUUACGUCGAUUUCGACAACACCGAAGAGGCAUACAAAAGCAAGAAUAACAUCGAGCUGCUGCGAAGUCUGCUGGUCUUCAACCUGUGCGCCAUUGACAUCCUUGUUGAGAAGAAUAAGGAGUUGAUGGAGCUCAGUAAGAAGCUGCUGGGUCAGCGGAUGUUUGAGAAGCUGAUGAAGAUGACCUUCUACGGUCAGUUUGUUGCAGGGGAAGACCAUAACUCCAUCAAACCUUUAAUCCACAAGAACCAGGCUUUCGGUGUGGGGGCAGUUCUGGACUACAGUGUGGAAGAAGAUCUGACACAAGAGGAGGCUGAGAAGAAAGAAAUGGAUUCCUGUAUUUCCGAGGCAGAGAAGGCAAGCCCAGGCGCAGAUCAUCGUGAGAAGAAGUACAAGGCCCAUCGGCGGUUUGGAGAUAGACGUGGAGGUGUCAUCAGUGCUCGCACGUAUUUUUAUGCUGAUGAGGCCAAAUGUGACAAUCAAAUGGAGACAUUCAUAAACUGUAUUAAAGCAUCAGGUGGAGCUUCUACUGAUGGAUUCUCUGCCAUUAAAUUGACUGCACUUGGACGGCCACAGUUCCUUCUACAGUUUUCAGAGGUCCUGGUUAAAUGGAGGAAAUUCUUUAACUUCCUCGCUGCACAACAAGGAAAAUCGGAUAUGACGGCUUUGGAGAAAAGACUGGAACUGGAGCUGCUCAAGGAAAGUUUGACUCAAAUGGGUGUAGGAGCCAGAGAUGACAUUGAGAACUGGUUCACUGGGGAGAAGCUGGGUUUGUCAGGAACAAUCGACUUGCUGGACUGGAACAGUUUGAUAAAUGACACAACAAAGAUGUCCAAUCUGCUCAUGGUGCCAAAUCUAGAGACAGGCCAGCUGGAACCUUUGUCAAACAAAUUUACAGCUGAGGAGGAGAGCCAGAUGAAGAGAAUGCUGCAGAGAGUUGACAUUCUGGCCAAGCAUGCUCUGGAGAAUGGGGUGAGGCUAAUGGUGGAUGCAGAGCAGACAUACUUCCAACCAGCUAUUAGUCGGCUCACCCUGGAGAUGCAGAGGAAGUUCAACAAAGAAAAGGCAGUGAUUUUCAACACUUAUCAAUGUUAUCUUAAGGAAGCCUAUGACAACGUGACUCUAGAUGUUGAGCUGUCUCGAAGAGAGGGCUGGUACUUUGGUGCCAAACUUGUCCGUGGAGCUUAUAUGUACCAAGAGAGAGAUCGGGCCCAGGAAAUUGGCUACGAAGACCCUAUAAACCCAGACUACGAAGCCACAAACAGGAUGUAUCACAAGUGUUUGGAGUAUGUCCUGGAGGAGAUUGAACACAACAGGAAAGCAAACGUCAUGGUCGCUUCUCACAACGAGGACACAGUGAAGUUUACUCUUCAAAAAAUGAAUGAAAUGGGUCUCUCACCCACCGAGAAUAAAGUUUACUUUGGGCAGCUGCUCGGCAUGUGUGACCAGAUCAGCUUCCCGCUAGCAGGUCAAGCAGGUUUCCCAGUGUACAAGUACGUCCCAUAUGGUCCUGUCAAUGAGGUGGUCCCCUAUUUGUCUCGUCGUGCUCAAGAGAACCGUGGCUUCAUGAAAGGAUCCCAGAGAGAGCGCAGCCUGCUGUGGAACGAGCUGAGGCGCAGGUUUCUGGGUGGUCAGAUUUUCUACAAGCCUGUCUACUGAAAACAUAAAGACUGUAAUAUCUGUAAACAUUCCACCAGGAAACACCAUUUCCCUGCGAUCUUUGUCUUGGGAAGUUAAUCUUCUAUUUGUGGUUUCUUAUUUGCACUGCACAGAAGAAAAGCAUUAUUUUUAUUGAAAGUUGCAUCAGGUAUGAAUUGUUUUGCUGUAAUAUAAAAGACCUGCGUUACACAUUGUAUAAUAUCUAGUAGGCCGGACAAUCAAUUCAAUCAGUUCUGAAGAACGCACAAGGAUUUUCUUUUUUUAAGGAAUAUGAACUGCUGAUCCUUUCUGAUGAUUGAGAAAGUGUGAAUAAAAAUGACACUGUUAGAAUGCCAAAUGUGACUUAGCUGUACAUAAAAAAACUGUUGUGUGCUUUUAAAUUGAACUUCCUUGUAUGUUUUUAGAUCUGUUCCUUGUAACCGUCACCUAAAGUGCCUAGUCAUUUUGACAAAACAGUCAAUUCUUCACAACGUUGUUGGUUUUUGUGGCAGUAAAACACUUCAAGGACCUUUAAUCUGUUUGAUUUGUAUGUUCAAUGCUGCUGACUUUUUCUGAACAUUUUAUGGUAGUUUUUGUGCUGCAUUAUAAAAAUUUAUUAAAUAUAAAUGGUUUAAAUUUGUAAA